UUUCAGAUUUGACAGCACAAAGGAGGCGGCCAUUUUAUUGCUGGUUGGUGAACGGGGGGUGAAGCUGUGGCUUAGUGCCCAGUAGCAUUGUUGUAUUUUUAUUGAGUUAUUUUUCUAAACAUCCGUUUUAACAACGUACAAAACCGUAUACGUACUUAGAGUAAGCAUAGGUGUAUUUAUGUAUUGAGUCGGAAGAAGCAAUGGACGAUCCAAAUAGGAUGAUGGCGCAUAGCGGCGGGCUUAUGGGGCCGCAGGGCUACGGCCUGCCUGGCGGCGAGGGAACUCCAACCGCAGGCGAAGGUGAAGCCCGCAAGCAAGAUAUUGGUGAAAUAUUGCAACAGAUCAUGAAUAUUACAGAUCAAAGUCUUGAUGAAGCGCAAGCGAGAAAACAUACUCUCAACUGUCACAGAAUGAAGCCUGCCCUAUUUUCAGUGUUGUGUGAAAUCAAAGAGAAAACAGUGCUGUCCCUCCGCAACACGCAAGAGGAGGAGCCCCCAGAUCCCCAGCUGAUGCGCUUGGACAACAUGCUCAUAGCCGAGGGGGUCGCUGGCCCUGAAAAGGGUGGUGGUGCGGGCGCUGCAGCUUCGGCAUCAGCUGCUGCUGGUGAAUGGGACAAUGCCAUCGAGCACUCUGACUACCGUGCGAAGUUGGCGCAGAUUCGCCAGAUCUACCACCAGGAGCUGGACAAGUAUGAGAAUGCUUGCAAUGAGUUCACCACCCACGUGAUGAACUUACUCCGCGAGCAGAGCCGCACCAGGCCUAUCACACCUAAGGAAAUUGAGCGCAUGGUGCAGAUCAUCCACAAGAAGUUCAGCUCCAUCCAGAUGCAACUGAAGCAGUCCACCUGCGAGGCCGUCAUGAUACUGCGCUCACGUUUCCUCGACUCGCGUCGGAAGCGGCGCAACUUCACCAAACAAGCGCUCGAGCUGCUCAACGAGUACUUCUACUCGCACCUCGCCAACCCCUACCCCAGCGAGGAGGUCAAGGAGGAGCUCGCCAGGAACUGUGGGAUUACUGUAUCACAGGUGUCGAAUUGGUUCGGUAACAAACGCAUUCGUUACAAGAAGAACAUCGGCAAGGCGCAGGAGGAGGCCAACUUGUACGCCGCUAAGAAAGCUGCCGACUUGCCUUGGGUUGGCGCGGGGCGCGAUGCUAGCUCACCGCCCGCCAGAGCUUCGGCAUAUUACACUGCAGGCGCGUCGCCGUACUCGAUGGGCGCGGCGUCCGGCACGGCCACGCCGAUGAUGUCGCCGGCGCCGACGCAGGACUCCAUGGGCUACUCGCUGCCGGCGCCGGGCUACGACCAGCCGCAGCCCAGCUACGACGGCUCCAUGGGCUACGACCCCAUGCACCAGGACCUGUCGCCGUAGGUGCUCCGCCGCACCCGACCCUCAGGUUACGGGUAUGACGCAUAAAUUGUGCAGCUUCCACAGAAUUGCCAUUUACAUUUACUAUUAUUAUGUUAAGUAGGUCAGACUAUACUUACGACCGCUACUUACGCCGGCGCGACACCGGCCGGCGCGCCUAGCCUUAGAACAUAGGACAUUGUAUACUACACAAUAUACCUUAGACUACAUAAUAUUAUUAGCGAUAUUUUUGGAAGGAAAUGUAAUGAAUCGUAUUUUUAUUUGUAUUACAAACUAUACGACUGGCACCCAGUAUUUGUUUAACGUUUAUAAUAUACAAUUUAUUUUAUUAUUAUAAUAAUAUAGUCAUUUUAUUAUAAAUUAAUUUUCAAUGGCAACUAUUUUAUAGUAUUAUGAUUUUAAUCCGAGAAGUUGUUUUAAAAUCUUUUUGUUUAUAUUUUAUUGUUUUUCGGAAAGUAAUUAUUUGGGCAGUAUUAGUAAUUUAUAUACAAAAGUAAAUCAUCACAUCGAUACGGCGGGGAUCUCGUGUUUCUAUUCGUUCUAAUAAUCUUUUACUCUACGGUGGUUAUAAUUAUACGAUAGAUGUAAGUGAAUCUAGUGUAAUAUUUAAUUGUAAGUAUUCAGAUAUUUUGUGCUGACUAGUGUCCUCUACGAGUGCGUCCGUGGACUGCCACGCUUGGAAACUGUACUACUUGCCGACACUCUACUCAUGAGAAAACUAACGAAAUGAAACAUGCGAUGCUUUCAUACGACGAUGUAUACGCUGUACAAGUGAAAACAGUAUCGUUUUCACACGCCCGGCCUCCUCCAACAAUAAUAUUAAACACGCAUUUUAUAAUUAUAAAAUAAGUACAGAUAGAGUUAAAUAAUAAACCUUAGUACGAGCACGAUCACUGCACUACCUAUGUAUACGCAAUCGAAUAUAUUUAUAAUUAUAUUUUUAUAUACAUUUAUUAUUGUUGGACUAUAAAUUGUAUUGUAAACAUGUACUAACUAAUUAUCAUGUCGGGAAGUAGUAUUGCUCCAAGUAUCAACAUGUGAGCGCGGGCGCACAGUCUUGUGUGCAAUUUUAAUAUUUUAUUAGCAAUGGUUGUGUUAGUAUCGCGCACACGCAACUUGGCAUGAACUGAUUUAAAUGUGGAAUCGUUUUAAAAUACCAGUCUGUUAUUAUUGUUAUUUUCAAGCAGGUUUUGUAUAAGAGGCCGGCUGUACAGCAGACCUCAAGGUAUGUGCAUCACGUAUUCGGUCUGUAACAUGUAACAACGGCCUAAGUGACGGUAAAUCAGGAGUUGUGAAUAUCAGAACAAAAUAUUUUAACUGUCGUGGUGCUAUGAUGUUGGUAGCACAAUUUUAUUUUACUUGUUAGCCAUAAGUUAAAUGUUAUUUCAUUUCGUCGUACAUUUUCAUCGAAGCAUAACAAGAUCUUAACGAUUGUAACUUAAAUUAGUUCCACUUAGUGAUAGUUUGGAUAUGAAAAAUGCUAGAAUUAAGUUAAUGUGUUCUAAAACAAAAUAUCUGAAACAGUAUACGAGAUAAAAACGAAAAUUUAAUUGAUGUUUUAACGCUGUGGAACAUUGUAAUUUCGCGUGCCGCCACCGAUCGCACGUUUCUUACUCGUUCACGAUAAAUUAUUUAUUAUAAUGGUUAUAAAGUAACGUUAACAUAGUUCCCAUAGACGGGCGGGGCGGCGCGACACACAUGUAUACGACGACGAGUUCAAUGUUAUUGCGACCAUCAGAUUGACUAAAAUACAUUUUUGUGUAGUUAA